CAUUCCUACCGACCCAUUUGGCGAAUCCUUUCCUUUUCUUUCCCUCCCUCCAUUGGCGCGCUUGCAGGUGAGCGCAACCAGACAAGGCCGCGACUUCCCAACGUCCUCAAGCUCUCCCUUAUGGCGGAACCCUCUAUUGAUUAUGAUGGCGAAGUUAUUCCCUGCCGACGAUUUUGAUUACUCCCCUCCUGUUCUCCGCCUUUCCUUCCGUUGUUCCGCCGGCGACUUGAUAGGUUCCAGGAAUGGCGGAGAGCGGUGGCGGACGAGGCGAGAGGCGGCCCGUGCGCUGUCCCAACUGCGACGAGCUCCUCCCCGGCCUCGCGAACUUGACGGCCCACCGCUGCGGUGAUCGAAGUGCUACUUCCCGAGCAAGGAGAGAUCUCCCACCUACUGAUUUCUCGUUGGAGAGGGAUACCGUAGGAUUCAAUUCGAGAGAAGAACGAGAUAGAUUAGGGUUUAUUCCAGAAUUUACAAGUAGAAGAAGGCCUGCCUCCAAUUCUGAUGAUAGGGCUGAUGGGAGACGUGUAGAGAGGGGAAGUAACUGUGUAGUUGGUAGGCAACCUUCAUCAUCUAAAUCUCUGCUUAGUGAUUCUACCUCCUUCUCAGACGAUGUAGCACCUGCAUUCUGCCGAAUGCCAGAAGAUCAUAUGAAGCCCAAUCCCUUGGCGAAUUAUGGAGAUGACCGUUCCAAGACGAAGAAGAACCAAUAUCGGAAAGAUGGAGCUGAAUUGUGGAGUAAUGACCCGUUGCUGCUUCUGCGACAACUUGAUGAAUUAAGGGAUCGUAUCAGUAAAUCUUCUGAGUUCUUGGAAAAACCGAGAGCAAAGAUGCCUGCAGUGAACGAAAGGUCAGUAUAUUAUAGACGAUCACAUGAGAUUCUGAGCAAGACAAAGGAAAGAGUGAGUGUGACUGAACCCUAUUCUUCAGGCAUGACAAACUUUCAUAGUGAUGGAUACAUCCAUAGACAAUUAGAUGUAGUUCCUCUAUCCUCUUACCAUAGUGAUGAAUUUGACCUUCAGCAUCGAAAAUAUAAGCUAUUACCAGAAAGCACUCCCUACUCAAUCACCAACCAAGGGCGCUUUGGUCUUGCACAGAAUAGUAGGGUUCCUUCUCUUGGUAUCCAAAUGUUCAGGAUGAAAGAACACAAUGAAGGAGGAGCAAGAGCUGAAAAAUCCAAAACAAAGGAAAAGCAUCAUUGUCAAGCUUUUGCUGGUGCAACUCCUUUCGUGAUAUGCUCUAGCUGCUUUGAGUUACUGAAGCUACCUCAAGAUAAUACUCUACUCGUGUCAAAAAAAUUAAGAAGGUUGCGGUGUGGAUCAUGCUCGGAGGUAUUUUGCGUUGAACUUAUUGGAAAAAGGCUUGUCAUUUCUUCCCAUUCACCAUCAUUAGCUGUUUCUAAAGCCAAUGACAGCUCUCGUGCCAAAGUCAACCAGCAUGAGCAAUAUAAAGCACAAACUAGUAGUAAAUCAGAUGUUUCUUCAAUUUCUGAAGAACAUGGUGUCCCGUGCCAAGCUAUUCUGCCAACAGAUGACAAUAACUCAUCUCCUUUCACAUCUAGCCAUGUACUGAUGGAACAAGAAAGUAUAGAUUUACCUGAUCCAGAGAACUUGAAGGGGCUUUCAGUGGCUUCUAAUAGGUCCGAGCAUGUAGAAAACCCAGACAGCACAGAUGUAUCAGCUGUUGCAGAUUUACUGAUUCAGGACAGUUUAUCUUUCUUGUUAUCCAGUCAAAAGGACAUUUCUGAAACUGGUAGCAAGAAGGAACAUUCUGAUGAAGAAGUAAGAAUCUACGACGAUGAUAAGUUUCACCAGAGUCCUGAACAAGGCGAAGAAAUAACUGGGAUUGAUCUGUCACUGAAUGACUAUUCCAGUUCCUCUCUGGAUCAUAAUGAUAUAGAGAAACAUCAAAGCCAAAUGGGCACUGAAAAGACUAAUGAUCCAUCAGUUCUAAAUACAAUCCUCAAAGAUACACCGCAAAUUAAGAUGCCGGCAAAAGCUAAAAAAUCUCAAGUUUCAGUUAAUGGUUAUCUAAUUCCUGAUCACUUAGUUCGGAAGGCUGAAAAAAAGGCCGGAAGCAUUUUUCCUGGAGAAUAUUGGUAAAAUGCAUCGACUUCUCUCAUGAACUUUGCAUGAAAAAUUAUACCAAGAAUGACUUAAAACUAGGGUAAAUGACUUAAUUCACACAUGAACAAAUGGGUAUUGCUGCUAUUUCAUCAUUUUAUAUAUAAAGGAAAAGUUUAGGGAUGAUCACUACAAGAGUAUUGACCUUUGAAUGUUGUUAUUAUAUAAUUUACUUGAUCCAGAAAAAUUCCAAGAGGGUGCCCUGUCUAGUAGGAAAUAAACUGAAUGAGUUUCUAUCCCCUUUUUAAGAUUCCAUAAUUGGCCAAACAUAACUUGAUGAUGAUGACCUAUUGUCACUAGGAAUUCAUCGGUUAGCAGCAUAUCCUGCCACUACAAUUAUUUUACAGUGUUUUGUUUGGUUUGCUCGUAGCAUGCUACUACUCUCUUUAUUAGUGUCGAUCUGAACAUUUAAUAUUUAUUUUCUGCCACACAAUCUAGGUACGAUUGGCAUGCUGGAUUUUGGGGUGUCAUGCGACAGCCAUGUCUUGGCAUAAUUCCUCCAUUUAUCGAAGAGUUCAACUAUCCUAUGCCUGCAAACUGUGCUGGUGGGAACACUGGUGUCAUCUUGAACGGAAGAGAGCUCCAUAGGAAAGAUCUCAAUUUACUGGUUAGUCGAGGACUACCAUUCUCAGCUGGUCAACCUUAUAUUCUUGAUUUUUCAGGGAAUCUCUUUGAUGAAGUCUCUAAUGAACAUCUGGGUAAUUUUGGGAAGCUUGCCCCAACAGUUGAGAAAAUGAGACGUGGAUUUGGCAUGAGAGCUCCAAUGUGAGAUUGGAUAAGCGAACUAUUGAACUGCAAGAACUGGAGAUGAAUCUGUUAAGUGAAUACUUCACAUAGUUUCUAGAUUGUUGCCACUGUUUCCUCUUGGGCUUCACUUAGUUUCUUCGAUCAUUCUUUAAACGCAGAGAAAGACACAUGAUAUGGAAUCAGUGUCUUAGUAUAUACGAGGAGAAUGAUUCCUGAAACCAUUUACAAAAAUUUCAUUUAUAUAUUUUCUUUCAUUAUAAAUUGAGAUAUGUUAGUUUGCAGCGUGUUUUGGUAAAGUAAUGAAAUUAAAGGCUCGCUCUGGAAGAUUCCCUUGUUAAAAUUAGUAGAAAAUCUAGCUUUUAUCUUUUCAGUCAUCAACAUUUAUGAAAUUUCACAAGCACCCUUGAUGAGUACAUCCGUGUCGGCUGCGACUUUGUGUCGCUAUUAUCGGAUUCAGUAAGGUUUCUCUUCUCGUCCGCAUCAGUAUCCGCAUCCACGUCAGCUGAUAUCGGUAUUAACGGGUGCGACGAUUCUUUUUCCCUCAUCCGCACCCGCAAUUGUCGGCAUCCUCUUCCUCACGAACAAAGAAAUAUCUUCUCUCGCCGCUUCAUCGGAAGAUAAGAAAACAGAGGCUUUACAGGGGACAGCGCCGCUGCUCUACUCUUCUUCAGCUUUUGUUCGCCAUGUCCGACGUGAACGCCGCCGUCAGGCUCUUCGAGCACGGAGAUCAUACGGUGAAGCUCAUCAACGAAGACUCCUCGCCGUCGCAGUCGCCCUCCCCUCCGCCGAAGCCUCUCCUCAUCGCGGCCCCUAUUGAGGAAGGUGACUACCCCAUGCUCCUCUUCCUCCACGGCUACCUCCUAUGCAACUCCUUCUACUCUCAGCUCCUCCUCCACGUCGCCUCCCACGGAUUCAUCGUCGUCGCCCCGCAGUUAUACUCGGUGGCGGGACCGGACUCCGCCGACGAGAUCCGCGCCGCGGCGGCCACGGUGGACUGGUUGAUCCCGGGACUCACUCACGUUCUUCCCAGGCACGUCCGACCGAACCCCGCCAAGCUCGCCGUCGCCGGCCACAGCCGCGGCGGCAAGGUCGCAUUAGCCCUGGCCCUCGGCCACGAGAAGACCAGCCUCCGCCUCUCGGCGCUCAUCGGCGUCGACCCCGUCGACGGCAUGGACAGGGGCAAGCAGACGCACCCGCCCAUCCUCACCUACGCCCCCCGGUCCUUCGACCUCAAGGGCACGCCAGCGAUGGUGAUCGGAUCCGGACUCGGAGGGCUGAGGCGGAACCCCCUGUUUCCGCCAUGCGCGCCGGAGGGGGUGAGCCACGGCGACUUCUUCGCCGAGUGCUGCCCGCCGGCGUACCACUUGGUGGCGAGGGAGUACGGGCACCUGGACGUGCUCGAUGACGAGACCAAGGGGGUGAGGGGGAAGGCGACCUACUGCCUGUGCAAGAACGGGAGGGAGAGGAGGCCUAUGAGGGAGUUCGCCGCCGGCGCGAUGGUGGCGUUCAUGAAGGCUUACUUGGAAGGAGAGAGGCGGUGUCUGAGGGGCAUCCGCGAGGAGCCAGCCGCUGUACCGGUGGAGCUCUCCGUCGUCACAUAUUUGGAAGCAGAGGAUUAGAGCAGUAAUAAAGGUUUAAUUCGAGAUAAAAAGUAAAGGGUUGGGUUCAAUUGCAAAUUACCCACUAUAUUAUAUACAUACUAUUACAUUGUUACCACUCUCGGUUUAUCAAUUCAGCCUCUAAUUUUUCUAAAUUAACUUCAUGUGAUCCCUUGACAUGGGCGAACUACUUAAAUAUAGAUGAGAAUCAAAUCUCAAAGAUAUCAAAGCAGAGCAUGGACAAUUCCCUGCUGAAGCCACGUGCAGUCCAUCUCCCUCGGCUGCCUACCCUCCACUCCCAUGCUAAAACCUAAUCGACUGCUCACUUUGUUUCCAUAAUUCAGAUUGCAAACUGCUGCACUUCACAAACAGCAAUCUGAAAAGUGAUGAGUCGAGCUUAUGGUGAUCAUGCCCCAGGUCAUCUUAUUGUUAAUGCAAUAGAGAUCGGGAUUUCCAUUCAGAAUCAGAGCGAGGAAUGGAUUUUUUGAAGGAAUGAAACGAAGAGCGCAUGCAAACUUUUAUUCCACAGUCACCAAACAAACAAACAAACGAAUUGUUCUUGUUAAUUCAUCCACUCUUGAAUUACAAUUAUGUGCACAGAUCGAAUAGAGGAGUUCAGGGCAUAAAGAGCUUGCUGCCGCACUCGCAUCGCCAGGCUUCCGGGUAGUACUCUUCCGGCACGAUCCGACCGGCCUGUUGGAUCGCCACCUGCACCGGGCGGCAAGGGAAGCACCGGCCGCAUCGGGCUCGGCACGACGGGGGGAACGAUCCCACGAGUCGCCGCCGAGUCAAGAGCACGGCGAACGCCGAUCGCUUCGGCCUCGUCGUCUCUUCCGUGGCCUGAGCGAUCGCAGCGAAUCCAGUCCCUGCAGCAACGCAAAAUGGGCCUUUUCAGCUCCUCCAAUAACAAAGAAGAAAGAAGGCCGAAGCCUGAGUUCUCGAGCCUUACCGAGAGCUGCGGUGAACAAGAGGACAGCGAAGACAGCGGAGAGGCAGAGACGGCGGCGGCGGCGGAGAAGAGCCAUGGCCGAUCUCAGCCUCUGCUCCUACAACUUCAGUGCCGGCGAGGCGGCGAUAAGCUUCUUUGCUGUGAAAUGUGAAGUUUUAUACCCGUACAACAAUGGCGUGCGGGUCAAGUCAAAGAGACAAGGCGUUUUUUUUUGGCUGAUCCGCACGUGCCACUGCAUACUACUCUACAUACUUAUCUAUUAACGAGGACUAAACUUGAUUGA